UUUAAAAUUAAUCAAAAAUCAACAAAAAAUUUAAUACUUCUAUGAAUUAAUAAUCUCAACUUAUAACUUUUUUUAACAAAAUUUCUCUUCAUUUACAUCAACUUAACGUAAUCUGUAAUGGUGGGUAAUACUUUUCAAAAUAGUUCUACAUGGUAGGUUAAUUGUAGCACGGGCACUUCAAGCACGGUGCACAUAUAUGGAGUAUAAAAUAUAAGUAGAAAAUUUCAUACAAGCCCGUCUUAAUAUGAUUUAUAAUAAGAUAAGCCUUGUCUUAAAGGGGUCAAUUCAAUCAAAAGUAACCCUUUUAACUUGUGAUCCUUUUAAUAAAAGUGACCCCUUUGAGGUAGAAAGGUGACUUAGAGUGUGUUUAUCCCUCAGACUCAAUUAUAAACUCCAGAUCGUUUUAUAUCAAUUUUCCACUAGUUUAAUAUAUACACCCACUUCAAAUCCAUUCCAAUUUUAUACUUUAUCCAUCAUACUCUCUUCAGAUUUAGUGAUUUACUCCACAUUACUUUGUGCAUUUCUACUUCAUUGUUUUGUUUUCAAUAACAUUGUGAAAUAUGAUGGACAUGUGUGACAAUCAGUGGAUAACUGUUAGCUGUUAGUUGACUGUAUUAGCUGAUAGUUGAUAGCUGAUUGUAUUAGAUGAUUGCAUUAGUUGUUUGUAUAAAAAUGUUUGGUAAAUACUCCAUCCGUUUCAUUUUAAUCUACACACUUUGACAUUUUACACUAUUCACAAAUUGCACUUUGACCAUCGUUUGUGAUUUAUACGUGAAUAAAAACAUAGUCACGUGGGAUCUUGUUAGAUUCGUCUUAGCAUGUAUUUUAUUAAUAUGUACUUUUUAUAAUUUUUACAAAUAAAAAACUAAAGAUAUAUGUCCUCAAGGUUUUGUAUUGGCAUACGUAAAAAGUGUAAGUGUGUAGAUUAAAAUGAAACAUAGGGAGUAGUUAAUAGAUGAUUGCUACAUUAUUGUAUAAAAUGAUUCAAUAAGAAAAUCUGCAUAAUCUAUUUAUUAAUGUAAUUUUUUAACAACUUUAAGACAUAAGUAUAAUUGGUACACUAAUUAUCAAACCUUUAAUGUCAAAAGCUGCUCUCCCAAAUUUUUCAAAAAGAAGUUUAUGGACUCAAUAAAUUAAUUGAAACCUCUAAUACUCAAAUAAGAGAAUGACUAUUUAAAUCCUUUUAUAUAAGUUUAAACUUCUAAUUAGAGAAUUGACGAGUUAAAUCCUCAUCGAUGAUUAAUGAAGUUACAAAUUAUAAAAAAAAAAAAAAAAUCCUCUAAUAUAAGUUAAAACUUUUAAUUUUACAUGAAAACAUCUCCUCAGCAAACCAGGCGGAUAUAUUAAAAAAUCUGAUAGAAGAGAAGAUAAAGAUCAUUCAUUAUAGUGGUGUUGGAGGGUUGGAGGGUUGGGGUUUGUCGUUGUAUUGAGGAUCGGGGAAUGAAGAGUGGAGAAGCCAGGCUUCUACUGGGAUUCCCUCCCAACUCUCGUCCCACCUAUUCUCAGGUAAGGGACAACCUGUAACCCAUCCCUCUUUUAUUUUCAGUUUCAAUUAUCAAUUAUCAAUUGCAUCUCUCUGUCAAGUGUGAACUAUAACUAUGAGCAUGUGUGAGGACUUAGGGGUUGGUUUGGUUUGGUUUGGUUUGGUUUUGGGGUUUAGGGUUUGUUGCUUCUAGUUUAAUCAACUUCACCUUUAUUAACGAUUUCAUGAAGUUAGUUUAUGGUGAAAGUUUCAUUCAAUGGGAAUUUCAUACUUUUGCCCAUGAUUCUCCUGUCAUCAUCUCUGACUCUGAGCACUUGGUGUGAUCGAGUAAAACAAGGAUGAAUACAAGUUAGGAGAAACGUUUAUUUUCUGCAUCUCUUGUUCAUGAUGACAAAAAAAAUCAGUGGUAAGAGAAAUUUUGAGAUGUAGUCGCCAGUCGGAUACUUAAGGUCUAUGUCUGCGUAUAUUUUCUUGAUCAUUGCACCUUUAGGCUUCAGCAAGAUUUCAACAGCUUAAUGUUCUUCUUGAAUUUACUCAUUUUUGUCCACCACUUUUUCAAACUUUCAUAUAUUAGAACUUGUGUGCAACAUAUUUACAAGUCUGAUUUAAAACUUGUGUUACUUUCUUGAGAUGAAUCACGCUGUUGACCAUGAUUGCAGGUGAAAACAGCCUAUAGAAGGAAGGUUUGGGAUGUUCACCCUGACCGUUUUCCAGCUGACAAAAGAAGUUAUGCUGAAUCACAAUUCAAAAUGAUUUCUGAAGCCUACAAUUGCCUUUUGCCUGGUGGAGGAGAUUUAACUUCAGUUACAUACACACGGGUCGUGCGGACUGGGGUACCAAGGGUGCAUGGAGGGGGAAGACAUCAUCUCUCAGUUGGCCUGCCCUUUGUUUUCAUUAUACUUGGGACAGUUGGACUUGGAGGUUUAAACGUUAUCAGGACUUACAGGAAGGAAAAGGAAGCAAAUCCAUCUCAUAAUCCUUUUCUUCCUUAAUCCAAAAAACUGGCCAAAUCUAGUUCCUCUGUCUAGCAUGGAGUAUUGAAGACAUUGACUUGAUGAUAGACAGUCUCUUUAUAUGGGAAAUGCUACACUAUCGACCAAGAAGUUUACCGUUGUUCAUAGUUUUCUUGCCCAUUAAACAUACAUAUACUUAUAUGUCCCCUUUGAGGAGCAUGAUAUGAUGAUAUAGGAAUAAGAGCCAGCCCACCAAGCACUAAAAUCAAUCGAGUGGAAGCUCAUUCCCGGAUGGCACAACAUUAAUAUCAGAGUUUAGACAUUGACUUGUGCUAAAUGGAGCCUGCAGGCUGCAACCCAGAAAAUAAUGUAAUAGUAUUACCAUUAUUUCAUUCUUUAGAUGUUGUGUUAGAGAAACUCUACUGUUAAAUUUAUGUGAAAGUCUUUUAAAUGCUAUGAUCGGAAGUGCGGAAGGCUUAGCUUUUCAUCACUAUCAGAAAACAUCAAAUGUUCAUAUUUCAGCUCAAAACCCUUGUUGUCUACUUGUCGAAAUUCUGUGCAGUACAGAGAA